UGCCCGGUGACCUUAGACAGGCAGGGGCCUACCUCGAGCCUGCUAGAGUCUCCACCUUGAGGGGCCCAGUCUGGGCUCGGAGGGCAGAGACUCAGCUGCUGGGGUCCAAGUCCCGGCCCUGCCCCGCCCUUUAUCAGAAAUUUCUUUGCCUCACUGGGCCCUUCCUGAACUGUUUCCUGGCCUUGGGGCUUUAAAAUCAGACCUCCUGAAUUCACUGUCAUGGUCCAGAGAAAGGUAUUCAGAGCUCAAGCUCAGCUCCUCAACAUGACACCCGGCUCCUGAGAAACUAACUGAUGUGACAUUGUAACCAGAGUUAGGCCUUGGGUGCCCUUGGGCACUCCCCCUGGCCACAACCCCAGUCAGAGUCCUGAACCCACCCAGGGCCAGUCAGCCUUAGCUAGACAGUAUUAAGGGUAGCUUUUCAGCACUUCUAACUAUUCCAGGGUUAGGCUGAGAAGUAGGGCACUGGUUUUCAAUUAGCUUGACCAAAUCCUAGUUUGUCUACCACUGAGGGGUUUCCUGGGACAGGGGACUUCCGGUUUUAAAACUGGGAAGGUCGUGGGCAAAGUGGGAUAAGUUGGUUCCUGUAUUCUUAACCCUGGCUGCACGAUAGACUCACCCAAGGAGUUCUCAUAUAGGGGUUUUAAUUUGAUGGAUUCAGGGAGGGUCCCAGAUAGGAAUAUUUUUUUAUAGCUCCCAAGUUGAUCCCAACAAACUACCAGAGUGAGGAACCACUAGGUUAUGGGCAACAAUGCUGUAAAACCAUUGAAGGUGGCUAUUUUUUGAACAGAAGUGGACCCAGACAUUUCUCAAAAUGGUGGUCCUCUCUUUAUCAAGAGGGCUAUCAAAAUGGCAGUUGCUUUAUUAUUGCUAUUAUCUUUCCCCAGUUCCUUUAUUCCUCAACAGUGAGGACCCACAAGCCUUCUCCUUUCCUCGAAUGCCUCAGGAUCCCCUUUCCCAAGGUCAGCGAAUUUGCCUCAUUUGGAUUGGAGAGGCCAUGAUGUGGACAGUUCCGGAUGAAGCUGGCAUGAGACUCAACAGGGCUCCAGUCUCUCAGUCUGGGAUGCCUACCCCAAAUGAGUCAUGGUCUAGGGGCUAGCCAAGGGUGCUGUGUAUGCUUCAGCUUCUCUCUGUGGGGUACUGAGCUUGGAGAGCAGGUGCCUCUGGGACUUUUCCCUCUGCAGGCCACCAGGGAUGCGGUACAUCAGCACUCGGGGAAUGGCCCCCCGGGUCGACUUUGAGGGAGCCCUCUUCUCUGGCUAUGCUCCUGAUGGGGGUCUCUUCAUGCCCGAGGAGCUCCCCCAGCUGAGCAUAGAGACCCUGCGUCAGUGGAGUACGCUGUCCUACCCCGGCCUGGUAAAGGAGCUGUGCACCCUCUUCAUUGGCCCUGAGCUCAUUCCAAGAGAUGUCGUAAAUGGUCUGAUCGACCAAGCCUUCAGCAGAUUCCGCCAUAGAGAAGUGGUCCAUCUGUCCAGGUUGAGGAAUGGGCUGAACGUGUUGGAGCUGUGGCAUGGCGUCACAUAUGCAUUUAAGGACCUGUCCCUGUGCUGUACAGCACAGUUCCUGCAAUACUUCCUGGAGAAGAAGGAGAAGCACGUCACUGUGGUCGUAGGAACGUCUGGGGACACAGGGAGUGCUGCCAUUGAGAGUGUUCAAGGGGCAAAGAACAUGGACAUCAUCGUUCUGCUGCCCAAGGGCCACUGCACGAAGAUUCAAGAGCUCCAGAUGACAACAGUGUUGAGGGAGAACGUCCAUGUGUUUGGAGUGGAGGGCAACAGCGAUGAGCUCGAUGAGCCGAUCAAAGCUGUGUUUGCUGACGUGGCUUUUGUCAAGAAGCACAACCUGAUGAGCCUGAAUUCAAUCAACUGGUCCCGGGUCCUCGUGCAAAUGGCCCACCACUUCUUCGCUUAUUUCCAGUGCGCGUCAUCCUUAGACAUGGACCCCCUGCCCCGCGUGGAGGUGGUUGUACCGACAGGGGCUGCAGGUAACCUUGCAGCGGGGUGCAUUGCUCAGAAGAUGGGCCUGCCUAUCCGCCUUGUCGUGGCAGUGAACCGCAAUGACAUCAUCCACAGGACUGUCCAGCAGGGCGACUUCUCUCUUUCUGAGGCCGUUGAACAGACCUUGGCAUCAGCAAUGGACAUUCAGGUGCCCUACAACAUGGAGAGAAUCUUCUGGCUGCUCUCUGGCUCCAACAGUCAGGUGACAAGAGCCCUCAUGGAGCAGUUUGAAAGGACCCAAAGCGUGAGCCUACCCAAGGAACUGCAUAGCAAGAGCAAAGUACCAGAGACCGGGUGGCUUAUAAACAACAGACAUUUAUCUCUCACGGUUCCGGAUGCCAGAAGUCUGAGACCACAGUGCCAGCCCGGUUGGGUUCUGACGAGAGCAACUUUCAUAGAAGUGGCGGACCGCCAGGGUCUUGUAUCCUCACAUGAUGGCAAGACAUUUAGCUAGCUCUCCGGCCUCUUCUUAUAAAGGCACUCAUUCCACUCAUGAAGGCUUCACCCUCAUGACCUCGUCACCUCCCAAAGUCCCACCUUCAAACACCAUAAUGCACCAUAAUGUUGGGAUUAAGUUUUUAACAUACGAAUUUGGGAGAGGGAGGACAUAAACAUUCUGACCAUAAUACAACCAAAGGUCAACUUACUUGGUUAACAGUUCGUGUUGAUAUCCCCAGUCCUUCUCCUCAUGUAAAUGAGGUGCUCCAUGGAAACAGACACCAGAUCCCACACUUCUUCAUUCUCUCCCUGGCUGUACACGUACAAAACAUCGCAUCUGCUGGAACAGCAUUCAUUCAUUCAUUCAUUCAUUCAAAAUAUCUACUGUAAUCCAGGAACUGUGCAGGUACUGGAAAUACAAAGAUAAAGAAAAUACUUUCUCUGUCUUCUGUGAACCCUAAUGGGACAGGUAGCUGUACAAAUGAUUUAUAACACCCUAUGGCGGCAGUCAAGUAUAUGCAAGGUGUUUGGCACCUCAACAGCAUGCAGUAAAUUUUCAGAGAAUGAUCAGAUCAACCGUCCACACUGAGGGGACAGUGAGAAGGGAGUCUUCUGCUGUCUGUGGGUGGAAGGGGAAGGCUUCCUGGAGGAGGUGCUACCUGAGCUGGGUGGGAACUGACUGGAAGAUGUUUCUUACACCCACAGGAAAGGGAUGCACCUAAGACAGGGCACCAGGAAUGUUUGAUUACCCUUAACCUUCUGCGUUUUGUCAGUUUGUUGAACAAGAGUAUAUACUAAUUUGCUGAUUCAUGAGCUAAUCCUUACUAAAUUUACUGACUUGAAACUCAAACGGUCCUUCCCCCAAGCUGAGUGAAUCAACUUAAAACUGGGAAGCCUGGGGAACCAGCUUUUUCUCUGAGCUGAAGCUGAGCUACUUAGUCUGAAGAGUUCAUCUGAAUCUCUCAUGUUGCCUGGCUAUGUUUUUUGUUGUUGUUUUUUUUUUUCAGUAUAUGAAAUUUAUUGUCA